AUCCUCAAAAUGUAUAAAAAUAGACAUUGAGCGAGAGAGAGAGAAAAGGGUUUUUGGGGUUUAGAAUCAGAAACUGCAGCUGAAGAUAGUCGCUGUGAGAGAAAGAAGCAAUGUGGAGAUCCGUCUUAUGUCGAUCGCAAAAUGCCUCUCGUUGUCUCGCCUUUACUCGAAUCUCGACGAAGAAGACACAUGCUCCUUCGCUAACACCCCUUCCCAGAUUCUCAUCCUCCGAAAAUGCUUCCCCCCGAAACCUCAGGCUCUUCUCCUCGACCCCUACUGAAGAGAAGAACCCAUUUUCAUCAGCCUCAGAGCUCGCCCACAAAGAAUCAAAUCCUUCCCAUUCUGGGUUCUCCGAAAGUCAUGAUUUUUAUGUAAAUGGUGCUGAGAUCGCUACAAUUGAAGCUUCUGAAGGUGGAUCCGUUGCAGAAGCCGAGGAAGCUCAAUCUGAGGAAGUGACUCAAUUUGACGAGGAAAAGUUUGAAUCUUUGCUAUCUCUGUUACGAAGUGAAGAGGAGUCUUUGGAGUUUAGUCUGAAGACGCUCGACGUCGAUCUAAACUCAGACCUUGUCGUCAAAGUGUUUGAGUCCUCUCCAGGAAUCUCAGGUAAGAACUUGAUUAAGUUUCUGAAGUGGGCAAUUAAGAAAGGUGACAUCACUGUCACCACAUCGCUUGUGGAAUCUCUCCUUGUUGCAAUAUCUGUCGAGGGACGUAGAUUGAACGCUUAUGCUUUGUGGGAUUUGGUUAAAGAGAUUGGUGAGAAUGAGAGUGUUUUGAAUCUGGAGAUAAUGAAUGAGUUGAUAGCACUGUUUGGUAAGCUCGGCAAGUCCAAAGCUGCUUUUGAUGUGUUUAGUAAAACAGAAGAGUUUGGGUUUACUCCGAAUGAGAAAACUUAUUACGUGACGUUGGAGGCGCUUUAUAAGCGGUCGUUUAUGGAGUGGGCAGGGGCUGUGUGCGAGAAGAUGCUCAAGAGUGGUGUGUUACCCGAGGGAGGAGACCAGGUUGGUAACAUCAUCACUUGGUUUUGUAAGGAAGGGAAAGCUGAAGAGGCUUAUUCGGUUUACGAACUGGCAAAGGCGAAAGAGAAGUUGCUGCCUCCUAGUUCUGUUGCUACUCUGAUAAGUGCGCUCUGCAAGAACGAUGGGACUGUUGCGUUUGCUCAGGAGAUGUUGGGAGAUUUGUCAGGAGAAGCUAGGAGACAGGGGAUCAAACCGUUUUCCGAUGUGAUACAUAGCUUAUGCAGGAUGAAGAAUGUUAAAGACGCUAAACUUUUGCUAUUGGAUAUGAUCUCGAAAGGGCCUGCUCCUGGGAAUGCGGUUUUCAAUUUGGUUGUGCACGCUUGUUCGAGAAGUGGAGAUCUUGAUGAAGCCAAAGAGGUUUUGAGGUUGAUGGAGAGUAGAGGUUUGAAACCAGACGUGUACACAUACACUGUUAUCAUCAGCGGUUAUGCUAAAGGAGGGAUGAUGAAAGAAGCCCAAGAGAUGCUAACAGAAGCGAAAAAGAAACAUAAGAAGCUUAGUACCGUGACGUAUCACACACUCAUCCGAGGGUACUGCAAGAUUGAAGAGUAUGAUGAAGCUUUGAACCUUUUGAAUGAAAUGGAGAGUUUUGGAGUGAAGCCUAGUGCUGAUGAGUAUAGUAAGCUGAUUCAAUCGUUCUGCCUCAAAGCAUUGGAUUGGGAAAAGGCACAGAUGUUGUUUGAGGAGAUGAAGCAGAAGGGCUUGCACCUCAAUGCCAUUACUCAGGGGCUAAUAACAGCAGUUAAAGAGAUGCAAUCUGAAGAUGUUAAUCUACUUGCUGCAGCAUAGAACUCAAUUCCUUUAUUUUGCAUUUGUUCUAUCAAUCUGGAAUAGCUUUUGAAUGUUAUUUUUGUUGGUUUGAAA